AGCCGCGUCCUAUUGAAAUGGAGGACUCGCUCAGCUAAUCAGAUUUCUCCGCCGCGACUACCGCUGUCAGCGCACCCAAUCGCUUGUCGGGAAACACAGCUCGGGGCUCAACAGCUUGUUGUUCGCUUCGCAGCCCGAGCGAGAGGGGAAGCAACCGCUGCUGAGAAUAGAGCUGAAGUGUUCCGCCCUGGACUCCCUCAAAUAGCCGGAGCGAUGAAGGCAGCAGACGAGCCUGCCUACCUGACUGUGGGGACGGAUGUCAGCGCCAAGUACAGAGGAGCUUUCUGUGAGGCCAAGAUCAAGACGGUUAAACGGAUGGUGAAGGUGAAGGUGACUCUGAAAGGUGAAAGUACGUCCCAGGUGGUUCAGGACGACCAAGUCAAAGGACCUCUGAGGGUGGGUUCCACGGUGGAGGUGAAGACCAACGAGGGUUUAUGCAGUGAAGCCGUCAUCAGUAAACUGACCGACGCCAGCCUCUACACUGUGGUGUUUGACGAUGGAGAUGAGAAAACUCUUCGCCGGACGUCUCUGUGUCUGAAGGGAGAGAGACACUUUGCAGAGAGCGAGACGCUGGAUCAGCUGCCGCUCACCAACCCGGAGCAUUUUGGGACUCCGGUCAUCGGAAAGAAGAUGAACCGAGGAGGACGGCGUUCGUCUCAGGCUGUGGCCGACGAAGAGAACGAGUCUUCGUCCAGCGAGGACGAGGAGGACGACCGGAGGAGGCUGAACGACGAGCUGCUGGGAGCCGUGUGCAGCAUUGAGAACGUGGAGGAGUCCAGCAGCUGGUUCUUGGCUCUGGUGGUGUCUCCCAGCUGUAACGAUGAGCUGGUGGUGAAGAAGGACCAGUGUCUGGUCCGGUCGUUCGGCGACGGAAAGUUCUACACGGUGGCGAGGAGACAUGUCCACACCGUUAACUCCCUCAGCCUCACCAAGUCUGAGUUCUCCAACAGGAGAGGUCUGGAAGCGGCCCAGAUGUUCCUGAGGAGCAGGGAGGUUUCAGAUGUCUGGAAGAUGGACAUGAGUCAGAUCCUGGACUCGUCCUCCAGCGAAGACGAGGACGGCGAAGAGGAGAAGGAGAGCGAGGAGGAGGACGACGACGACGAUGAGGAGAAGAAGAAGAAGAAGCACAUAAAGGAGGAGCCAGAGGAGGAGUUAGACCCUGAGGAGAGAGACCACUUCCUGCAGCAGCUCUACAAGUUCAUGGAGGACAGAGGGACUCCCAUCAACAAACCUCCAGUUUUGGGCUACAAAGAUCUGAACCUGUUCAAGCUGUUCCGGCUGGUUUAUCAGCUGGGAGGCUGCCACAAGAUUGAGUCCGGUACCGUGUGGAAGCAGGUCUACAUGGAUCUGGGGAUCCCUGUUCUCAACUCUGCCGCGUCCUACAACGUAAAGACGGCCUACAAAAAGUACCUGUACGGCUUCGAGGAGUACUGCCGCUCUGCCUCCAUCACCUUCAGAACCAUCCAUCACAACAACCCCCGCCCUCCUGCACCACCAGCCAAUCAGAAGCCAGCAGGGGCGGAGCCUAAAGAGCCCACCACGCCGCAGGUGAAGGUGGAACCUGUGGACGAACACAAGGAGGAGACUGAGUCGGACAGCGAGAGCGAGGAGGAGAAAGUGAAGGAGAUGCAGUCGUCCCCGAGGGGGAGGAGGAGGUGCGUCGGGAGUCGGGUGAAGCUGGAGAGAGAAGCUCCGUCCAGACCGGAGAAACGAGGAGAGAACAUGGAGGAGCAGCAGAGGGAGGUGAGGAGACGCAGCAGCAGGAGGAUGGACGACUCCGAGAAGGGCUCAGACGAAGACGAGGACGACGAGGACGACGAAGACGAGGAGUUUAAAAUGAGUGAGGAUGAGGACGGAGACUCGGUGACGGGGACGAAGGUUCGGGUGAAGUACGGCCGAGGAAAGACUCAGAAGAUCUACGAGGCUCACAUCAAGAAGACGGACGUAGACAACGGAGAACAGUUCUACCUGGUUCACUACUACGGCUGGAACGUCAGGUACGACGAGUGGGUGAAGGCCGACCGCAUCAUCUGGCCGGCAGAGAAAGGAAGCAAGAAGAGGCAGAAGAAGAAGGUGAAGAACAAAGACAAGGAUGAGCCGGACAAGGACGAAGACAAACCGACGGCAGCGCCUCCGAAGCCGACAGGAGCGAAGCGAGGACGUCCUCCCAUCAGAACCACACCGAGCAGCGCUGCCGGACGCAGCGUUUCCACGACGCCCAGCAGUGAAGGACGGUCCAACGGAAAGAACAGGAUGGAGACGACGUCCAGCAUGGCCAACGGAGACAAUACUCCUCGCAGGAGAACCAGGAGAACGUCUGGCAUGUACGACUCAGAUCGAGCGUCCAACGAGGAUUCUGGGAACUCAUCAGAUGACAGCGAAUCAGAAGAUCCGCCUGACAAAAAGCCGUUGCCGUGGCGAUCGAGGGCUGAAGCCCAGUCCUGCCCGGUGGAGGAGGAGGAGGAGGAGGCGCCAGAGGAGGAGGAAGAAGAAGAGGAGGAGGAAGAGGAGGAGCCGAGUGAGGUUGCUGAUGUCACAGCUUCUCCUAGCAACGCAGUAACCAUGGCAACAACAGCACAACCACCAGCUGCUGCAGCUACACCUCCCAGCAUCCCUCAGGAGAAAGUCCUGAGCCAACCGGAGGAGGAGGAAAAGGAGGCGGAGCCUGAAGGAGACGCCACCGUGUCGCCGCCUCCCCUGGAGAACAAAAUGUCUCUGGUUACCAAGACGACACCUGUCCAGGACAAAAUGUCUCCUGUUACCAAGACGACACCUGUCCAGGACAAAAUGUGUCUGGUUGCUAAGAUGACACCUGUCCAGGACAAAAACAAGAUGUCUCCUAAACAGGAAGUGAUCGCUGAGGCAUCUCCUAGCAGGACGCUGCCGCCGCCCGACAAUGUCAGCAAAACUCCUGAGAGACUGCCGGCCGCCGCCGAGGAGGACGACCGCUCCCCCCCUCUGUCCUCCCCCAGGGUCAAGGGUCGACGGACCAACCUCAGGGAGGGAGGCACUGAGACUCCUCCCAGAAUCCCCGUCUGUAGCCCCGCCUCCAGCCCCUCCCAGACCGCCGCACUGUCAUCGCCUCCUCGUGGCGUCCUGAAGCGGCAGGAUGAGCCGAUGGUGGUUCUUCACUGCCUCCCCUCGCAGCGCCUCCCCCUCGAGUCUACCGCCGACGACUCCGACACUGACUCGGCCACCGAGGAGGAGGAGGUGGAGGACGACGGCGAGGAGAGAAACGCCGCCAUCAAACGAAAGGCGACGGAGCAGAGAGCCACCGAGAAGAAGCCCCGCCCAGACAGGAAGCAGGAGGACGCCGCUUCCCCCAAAACCCCUGCCGCCACACCCAAGAUGGCUGCCGGAGCAUCUCCAAAAACCUUCCCCUCGCCGGUGCUCUCCGAGAGGCGGAGCGAGGCGGUGACGAAGGCGGAGGAUUGGCCCCGCCCCGCAGAGGAGCCGUCAGAGGAGCGUCUGGUGGGUGGAGGCACAAAGGAGCCUGAGGUGCAUGCUCGGACACCUCCCCCCGCCCCCGAGACCGCGGGCCCCGCACCUGCCGAGGAGCUGGAGCCGCCGAUGGGCCCCGAGGCGCUCGUCUGCCACGAGGUCGACCUGGACGACCCCGACGAGAAGGAGAAGCCCGUCUCCUCGGAGCACCUCCUCCUGAUGAUGCGGGAGCAGCAGGCUCCGCCCCCACUGCCCCACCUCCUCCACACUGCCCUCCCCUCCCCCCGCCUCCCCAAGCCUCAGGUCCGCCCCUUCUUCCCCGUCGCCACACCAAACUCCGCCCCCUGCCCUGAGGAGCUCCACUCGGCCAAGAGCGGCGGUGAGGAGGAGCGAGGAGCAGCGAGGGCGGAGCCUGAGGGCGACUCCAGCCCCGGGUUCGACGCCUCCUCGUCCUCCACCUCCCUGCUGUCACUGCAGGACAGCAAAGAUCGAGGUCAUAAGAGGAUGACAGACUGCAACUCCAGUCCAUCAGCCAAGAAGCAGAAACGCAACCAGAAGCGACUGAGCACACCUGGAAAGGUGGAGAAGAACGGAGCAGGUCACAGCAGUGACAGCGAGGACCAGUCUCGACUGUCUCUAAAGUCUCAGAAGUCUCGUUGUCCUGGACUUUCAUCUCCGUCGUCUCACAGUAAAGACAAACAGAGCUUCCCGUCUCCUCAGAGGACCUACAAGUGGACCUUUCAGCUCGACGAGCUGGACAGCAUGUCGAGCACAGAGAGGAUCUCCUUCCUCCAGGAGAAGCUGCAGGAGAUCAGGAAGUACUACAUGACGCUGAAGUCGGAGGUCGCCUCCAUCGACCGACGCAGGAAGAGACUAAAGAAGAAGGAGAGGGAAGUGUCCAACACGACAGCGUCCACGUCUUCGGGCUCCUCGGACACCGGCAUGAGUCCGUCCUCGGCGUCGCCCACUCAGAACACGGUUGCCGUGGAGUGCAGGUGAUGACACGCCCACACGGACUCCGCCUACUUCCUGCUCGGCCCUGCCCCCUUUCCCCGCCACAAACUCCGCCCCCCUCUCUGCCGGCUCUGAGGGCAUGAUGGGUAAAAAAAAAAAAAAAAAAAAAAACAAUGUAGCCGUGAGCUUCGACUGACACAGUGGCUGAUGGGAAAACGCCGCACGGGGGGAGGGGGAGGUGCUGACCAAAGCCCCGCCCCCUCACUGACAGACUGACUUCCUGUUUGACGAGAGAAAAACGCUGUCUGUUCAGCCGCCGCAGCUCUUCUUCUUUUCCUUCUUCUUCCUCUGGAGCGCCUAGUUUAAAAAUAAUUUUAUUUAGAAUUUUUUUUAAUCUCUAGUUAAUUUUUUCAUCUCUAAUCUCAAAAUAAAAGUCUUGGGUGGGGGGUUAGAGGUCAGCGGUGACCCCUAACCCCCACCCAAGACUUUUAUUUUGAAUUUUUUUCACCGUUGACCCCUCACCCGAGACUGUUAUUUUGAAAUUUUUUUCACCACUGACUCCUAACUCCCGGCCUGAGACUUUUAUUUUGAAAUUUUUUAAAUCUCUAGUUAAUUUUUUUAAUCUGUGAUUUCAAAAUAGUCUUGGGCGGACUUUUAUUAAGACUUUUAUUUUGAAAUCAGAGAUCAAAAAAAUUUAGUAGAUUAAAAAAAAUUCAUAAUAAAAGUUUCACCUGAGACCUUUAUUUUGGAGUUUUUCACCGCUGACCCCUAACCACCCCCACCCAAGACUUUUAUUUUGAAAUUAGAGAUCAAAAAAUUUUGAUUAAAAAAUUUCAAAAUAACUCUCACUUGAGCCUUUUAUUUUGAAAUUAGGCAGCUCAAUAUGCACAUUUAUUUCUUCACUUGAAUUAUUUAAGAAAAAAACAAAAAAAGAAAAAGUAAAGUUUCUUGACUUUCAGCUGUGAAAGUUUUUGUUUUUUUUAAAAUACAGAAUCAGAGCUUUUAUUUUGGUAAAAAUAAAAACAAAAAAGGAAAAAAAAAAUCACCAAAAAAAGUUUGCGGCGUCACAGCGGGAGAGAAAAAUAUUUAGUUUUUGUGUUUAAAAAAAAAAAAAAAAAAAAAAAAAAGGUUAAAAACUUGCAGCUCCUUCGGUAUUUAUUGCAAACUUUUUUUUUCAUAUUUUUCGGUUUUUGUACGGAAGACCAGAAAUGCCAAGAAAAUAAAAAUUAAGUAUAAAAACAGAAAAAAACAAAAUAUUCAGUAUUUCCUGUUUAAUUUCAGAAUUUAAACCAUUUUUCUGCUUGUUCUGAUUUAUUUAUUUGGCAGUAAUUUUUAUUUACUGUAUUUUUUUUUACAUGUCAGGAAAUUAAAAUUAUUUUGUUUUUUCAUUCUCAGACGUCAUACUUAGUCAAUAAAACCACAUGUGCAGUAAAAAUGUAAAAUUUUUUUCAACAGUUUUUUGCUCUUCACUAAUUUUUUUCUGUUUAACUUUAAGCUUCAUUUUUAUCUGAUAAUUUGACUUUAAAUGAGUCGAAUUUGUCGUUAAAGUCGAUGUUUUGGUUUAAAAAGCUGUAAUAUUGACUCACUUUUCCGUUUUUUUCUGAUAAUUUGACUUUAAGCGAGCUAAAGUUAAGUCAUGAUUUUUAUCUCGAACUUUACAUGAAAUCAUUUAUUUUUGAUUCGUGAAUUCAUAAAUUCUGACGUGUUUUAUCCGAAUAUUUGACUUGAAUUAAUAUGAAAUCUGUUAUUUUGAUUUAAAAGUACUUAUUUUCACUUUGACUACCUAAAAGUUUAGAUUUAAAAAUCACAAGUUUGGCUUCAAAAGUUUCACGAAAUGGAAAAUGUUGCUUUUAUUUUGAAAAUCAGAACUCUUUAAUUCUCACAAAUCAGAGCUAAGAGUUUAAUAAUCAAUAAAUGGAGCUGAUAGGCGUUGAAAUGAUUCAUCUUCGGUGGUAAAUCUGCGUCUUCUUCUGGCGGGUUUAAAGUUCGGGCGUCACUCUGGAGGUUUUCUGCUGCACUUCCUGUCUCCUCCCAUCUACUUCCUGUUCUUGUGCUGCGGUGUGUCGGUCGACGGCUCCUCGUCGUUUCUUGUUUUGUACAUAGAGAAGCUCUGAGUCAAGGAGAGAAUGAAGCAAAGUGACUUUUGCAGCCUGUAAAGAAUGAUUUCUAAUAUUUUUUAAGAGCAGAUGUUUGUACCAUUGGAUUCUUACGACUUCCUCCAUUGUUUUUUUUUCUAUGUGGUGUUUCCGCUGCGACGGUUGUAAAUAAGAAACUUCCUCUGAGAGCAGAAAGCUGCUGCACUGCACAACGAGCAGCUCUGUUUCUAAUAAAGUUUUUAAAUAUGA